AUGCAGCCUCUUGAACAAAAGUCGUUGCUUGCUACCAACCGACCGGAGUGGUCGACGGAUAUUCGACGGCACGAAGAAGAAUACGAGAUGGAUUCUUCGUUCGGGCAGAGGAUGGAGCACAGCCAGCCCAGCAAUGCGUCGUCGUAUGUCGAGAAUGGGCUGCACCCUGUCCCAGAGUCCGCGUCGGACAAGAUCGUUGGCGGGCCGCAAUACCAUCAGUACAAGCAGUACAGCCAGGUGCCCACCUCGGGGGGUCAGCCCAUCGAGCCCGUCACACAGAAGAGGAGGAUAUGUGGUGUGGGCAAGGCGGUGUUUGUACUAUGGUGUAUCUUGGGUUUCUUGCUCGCUGUUCUAUGCGUCGUCGCUGGCGUCUUUGGCAGCAUGAUUGCGAGGCAAGACGAGCGGAUACUGGAACUCAAGAACGUCGCAGCGACGCAAACCACACAACCAGACACCAACGCCACGUCGACGACAGCGGCGCCAGCGGCGACAACGACGUGGGUCGAGGUCGCUAACUGGGAGUACAUCGGGUGUUACCUGGACAGCGCGGACCGCGCGUUCCCGGACAAGUACACGCUCAUCGAUAACCAGACGAACCGGCUGUGCGCGGCCGCGUGCGCCGACUACGAGUACUUCGGCACCCAGUUCGGGGACCAGUGCUACUGCUCCAGCACGCCGCCGGAGACGGCCGCGCCGGCGUGGAACUGCGACAUGCACUGCAACGGCGCGCAGACGUCGGAGAUCUGCGGCGGAUACUUCUUCUUGAGCGCGUGGAAGAAGAAGACGACUUGA